GCUACGAAGGUCUGCUCUCAUCGCUUCCUGGCUUGACAUAUAUCGAUAUCGUUAUCGAUGAUGCAGAGAGAGACAUACCUCAGAUCACGGCUUGUCUGCGUCGGACCGGAGGACAGCAGCUCACACGCAUCAACCUUACAGCACCGGACUCACUCCCAUCAGAGAAGCAGAGUGUAUCGAGAGAGACGAUGAGAGGACUGGGUCUUCUGAUCAGAGAACAAACCAAGGACCUGCAGCGGCUUUGUCUGCCCGGAGUGAAGUGCUUGGACGAAGAAGACUUGGUUGAACUUGUCGAGUCGUCAACUUUGAAAGCAUUGGAUAGUCUGCAUUUACAAUCUCUUGAUGGUAGAUGUUUCGAAUACGAUCGAGAAUCGGGUUUCCAGGUUAGGAAAUGUCGGCUAUCUACUGAGAUGACUGCCAGAAUGUGGUCCUGUCUCAGAUCCUUCAUCUCACUGAACCAUCUCACUAUCUCAGACUCCUCUCUCAGUUUCACUCCAUCUCCUCCUGAGCUUUUAUCGGUCACAAAGCUAUCAGCCGAGAGUGUGACGUCACAAAGCUAUGAAGGUCUGCUCUCAUCGCUACAUGGCCUGGAAAAGAUCGAUAUCACUAUCGAUGAUGCAGAGAGAGACAUACCUCAAAUCACGGCUGGUCUUCGUCGGACCGUAGGACAGCAGCUCACAAGCAUCAACCUUACAGCACCGGACUCACUCCCAUCAGAGAAGAGCAGUGUAUCGAGAGAGACGAUGAGAGGGUUGGGUCUUCUGAUCAGAGAACAAACCAAGAACCUGCAGUGGCUAGAUCUGACCAGGGUGAAGUGCACAGACGAGGAAGACUUGGUUGACCUCAUCGAGUGCUGCAGACGGGUGAAGACGAUGUCAUGCGUGUGGUAG